AAAAAACAACCCCCAUAGUGUUUCUAUCUAUAUAUCUAUCUAAUUCUCCAGAUCCCUGAACGCAAACCCUAGAUUCCAAACACACUCACCAUGGACAUCUUAAAACAAGAGAUGUUAAGAAAAAGACAAGCCCUAACAGAAGAAUCCGGUGGCCAAAAAGUUUUCAAACGUUCCGAAAUCGAAAAAAAAAGAAACGAUAAGCUACGCGAAGAAGAAAAACUCGAAGCCGAAGCUAAACGACGUCGUUCAACCCAAACUCAAUCAUCCACCGAUCCAAACAAACCCACUAAUUCAAAAACAUCAUCAGAAAACGACACCGUUUCAUCAAUCGCCAAAUCCGACGAACAGAAAAUCGACGACUUGAUUCUCACAAGACAAGAAGUGAUCCGCCGGUUAAGAUUACUGAAACAACCGGUUACGGUAUUCGGAGAAAGCGACGAUGACCGGCUGGACCGGUUGAAACACGUGUUGAAAACCGGUGAAUUUGAGUUGGAUGACAGUGAUAUGACAGAAGGACAAACUAAUGAUUUUUUGAGAGAUAUAGUGGACUUAAAGAAAAGGCAGAAAUCAGGAAUUAGUGAAAGGAAAAGAAAGGCGAAUAACGAGGAAUCGAAAGAGGAUAAAGAUGAGGAGGAAGAUGGGGAAGGGAGUGGGGGUGAUGAGGAAGACGGAGACGGGGACGGAAAGCGAAUGAAAACCGAGUUUCGGGAAUUGUGUGAUGAAGAUAAGAUAUUGGUGUUUUUUAAGAAGUUGUUGAUUGAGUGGAAUCAGGAGCUGGAUGAGAUGAGUGAGGUCGAGAAGCGGACGGCUAAAGGGAAGUCGACUUUUGCUACGUUUAAGCAGUGUGCCAGAUAUUUGAAUCCGCUGUUUAAGUUUUGCAGGAAGAAGGUUCUGCCUGAUGACAUUCGUAAGGCACUAAUGCUGGUGGUCAAUUGCUGCAUGGAGCGAGAUUAUUUAGCUGCAAUGGAUCAUUACAUCAGAAUGGCAAUAGGGAACGCACCCUGGCCUAUUGGUGUUACUAUGGUUGGUAUUCACGAACGUUCGGCUCGUGAGAAAAUUUACACCAAUAGUGUUGCACAUGUCAUGAACGACGAAACAACCCGGAAGUACUUGCAAUCAGUCAAGAGGUUGAUGACGUUUUGUCAAAGGCGUUAUCCAACAAUGCCUUCAAAAGCGGUGGAGUUUAAUAGUUUAGCAAAUGGUAGCGAUUUGCAGGCUUUGUUGGCAGAAGAGAGGAGGAAUGCAGCAGGCGGAAGCCAGCAACAGCAGCAGCAGGAAGAUCGGCUUCUAUUGAUGCCAGCUCCAAGGGACGACUAGCCAUUAAAUCCGCGUGUUUACUGGAGUUGAUUUCUUGUCUGGUCUUGAAAAUUGUUUCCUGUAACUUGGACUUAUAUAGAGUUUUUUUUCCAAACUAGUGUAAUGGAUAAAAGUAUUUACCAAAUUAGUAUAGUUUUAAAAAUAUUUACCAAACUUGUAUAAUUUCUAAAAUGUUCAAUUGUUUGAAAUGCCUCCAAACUAUUACUUGUAUUAUGUAUUUAGCAGUAAAAACAAAAAAUGCAGUAAUGUAUUUUAGAGUUCAA